AUGGAGCUCGCAUUUGAGGAUCGACAUUUGGACCCUUCCAAGAGGGACUUUUCAGACUUGGAUUUGUACGGCAGGAUCUGCAGCCUUUGCGGGUUUGAGUUUACCGACCAAGAUGAAGAUUCAGACGAAGAUGAAGAUUCAGACGGAGAUGAAGACGGAGACGAAAACGGAGAUGAAAAAGGAGAUGAGAUUGUCAAAUGUAAGGCCAUAAAUCUGCUGGUCAUGGGAACAGCACUGACAGCUACAGGGGAGAAAGCCGCGGAGCCUGGGGUAGACAAAUGCCAUGGCAGAGGGUCCUACCCCAUUGCAUUACAUCAUGAGUGUGUUGAAUACGCCAAGUCUUUCGUCACGGGUAACCUACGAGACCUCGCUGGAGCUGCUGUCACUAUCCGUGGGAGCUUCAGUGCGCCCGAGCAAAUGUGUGGCCCUCGCCGCUGCUGGUUAGAGAGCACCAUCGCACAGAAUCUCUCUGUAGCUCUUGGUGGACGUUUACAUACAGAAAUUUGCAGAAAUGUUGCCUCCUACUGUGUUCGUGAACAGUCAAUCCAGUUCAUCCAUCAGCAAUGGUCAAAGGCCCGACCUCGGCGAGGUUUCAUAUCAGUUCCUAUCCACAGGCGCACGACUCUGUGGGUUCAAUACACCCAUUUUGAAGGUAUUAGAUACGUUCGAUCAUUAUCUUACGACUCUCAAGGUGGUGAUGAGAAAUUGCUCUUCACGGGGGACACGGAGAAGCCUCUGAACAUUUUCGUCCGCCAUAACCAUCUGGGAGUCAACAAGCUUGUUAUAACCGAAGGACAGGAACGACCCAAGAGUGAGGAAACCCAUGACUACUGGUGGACCUGUCAUGCUCAACAGACCCGGCCAUUCCACUUCAAAGCAAGAUUUGAUGGCAUUAAAAUCCGGAACCUCGUUGUUGUCAAAAGCCCGAAGACUUUCCUCAACUUCGCUAUGGAUGGUUGCGAGAUACGAUGGGUUAUGCCUCCGUCGCCUGUGAAGUUUUCACCGAAGAUCCCGCUCACUCAUGGCAUACCUUUCACUUAUGUACAGACUCUUCACUGGAAUAAGCCAGGGACAUCUGGCUAUUCUUUCCUUCUUCUAGGCGACGCUGUCUUGCAAUGCAAUUUUCACCACGCCCAUGGACCGCCUGUACCUUAUCACAAAUACACGACAGGUGAACCCGACGAGCUCAUGUGUGUGCAUUUUCCCAUGAAUCAUGACGAAAGAGUCUCUGAACUCUGGGUCCGGCAGUAUCCCGAGAGGAAGGACACUCUCAUAAUUGUCACAGAUCGUGGCCGGAGCUUCGUCCUUGGAACUCAGCAAGAUGGCCCGGGUGCUACGUACCAUGUCGUUGCCAAACUACCGAAAGAUAAACCCUGCCUCAUGUUCCAAGCGCAUUGCUACAUACUUUCUUGGUUCCAUUUCGAUUCUGUACUUAGCUGGGAAAGGCCGCAAGCCCGACAAAUCAAGCCACAUUGGAAGACUGCGUCUGACAUGACCAUCGACACUCACUACUCAUCAGCAAAACUAGAUGGAGUCAGAGACAUUACUCCGUGUAUAAAUCGAUCAUUCUUUAUUUGGGGGAAGGAUGCAAUUAUCCAGGGUCUUCUCUUGACCUACUAUGACGGUACUCGAACUUGCAUUGGUGAGGUUCGGUGCGACGAUCUUGGGACGCCACAGAGAGUAACUUCUGAUACUCUGUGGAUACGAUAUGUUGAGCACAAGGAGGCCAGAAUUCUUGAUGAGAACACCCACUGCUUCGAUUGUGGAAUAGGGUGGUUUGGCUUCUCUCAGCCACAACGGGGUUCCUUCUCCUCGCGCGAAGACAUGGAUGAUCCCACGGAUGAACAGGACUCUGACGAUAGCUCUGCAGAAGAACCCAGUGAGGACGAAAAUGAGAGCGACGACGGAUGGGACAGGACUCCAACGUAUAUCUCACUACCCAUGAAGGGACGGCUCGAUAGGGUAAAGGAAUCUGAUGGCAGUAUAUGUCUACUGUCACAUCACAUGUGCAGUACACCAGAUGACGAGAUGCUUCACGUGCUAGCCGAAGAUGCUAAAACAGAAGAACGCGAGGACCCAGUCUCUAAACCCUGUACCAUUCUGACUGGAAGAACUACUCCAGAAACUCUCCGAGAUACGGAAUGGGUUGCCAAGGGGUUCGACAACUAUGGCAUCUACGGGCUUUGA